AUGGCCAGUUGCUAUCCUUUUAUUGUCGUCCAUCAUCUAUCGUGCAACGAUUAUAUUUUUUUCAUUGAGGAUUUAUAUAAAUUUUGCAUUUUAUUUUUUAAUAGAAAAAAACUAUCCAAUUUCAACUUUAUUUCAAAUUUACUAAAAGAAACUACAAUGCCUGGAACUACAAUUACAACAAAAUUUACAUACUUUAUUCGACUAUUUCUUUACUCAUUCAUGAUACUUUUAUUCCUCAAUCAUAACCAUUUGAGUGACGCUUGUUUUGCUUCAGGAAUAUGUGGUGGAGGAGUUGGAUGUUUGCCACCACCACCACCUCCAUGUAUACCGGCACAAUGUGGAGUUGGAUAUGGUUGUGGCCAGUAUGGAUGUUAUCGACUCAGAGCGAGGGUUGCAUCUUCUAGGACACUGAAGAUCAACUCAAAAGAUUUGGAGGGCUUUGAAGGUGGCGAAGAAGAGCAUGAAAACAGGCCAUUAGACAGCCCAGACGCACGCUUUAUGGCUUGUUGUCAGGCGCGACAAUUGCCUGACCAAUGUCUCAGCAAAUGCUCAUUCGUCUCAUUUACUCGUCAAGCUCUUCAGAAUAUGUACUUCCGUAUGGAUUCAUGCCCAAUGCAAGCAGCAGCAGACAUGCAAUUUUGCGCAGCACAAGGUCGAGAUCACCGAGAAUGUUGUGCACGCAAUGGUGUUGCCAACACUAUGGCUGGCGAAAAAUGCUUGACAUUUUGUAAUCAGAUACCCGGAAAUGUUACUCAAUUGGAUAUGACAUAUUUGAGCUGCUAUGAUCGUUUUGAGGCAUUUUUAACAAGAAAUUAA